AUCGUUGAGUUAAGCUCGAGAAAAAAGUUUAUCAGUUGUUGGAAUAUAAUAAUGAAAUUUGUGGUGCUAUUGACUGUUUUGGCGCUAUUUGCCAUAAAAAAUGGAUUUGCACUAGAAUGCUAUAUUUGCGAUAGUGAUUUUGACCAAAAUUGUCAUAAUAUGUACGAUCGAAAUAUGCGAACGGAGCAUUGUGAUGAGACGAGAAUGAUUGGAUAUCAACGGCCAGUAUGUUUGAAGACAGUUAGUUUUGAAUAUGGGAAUCGCAAGACUAUCCGUAGUUGUGCACGAUUUGGACCCAGAAAAGACCCGUGCUUCGAAAGACGAAAUGCUGUCGAUCUAGCUGUAUGUGAGAUUUGUGAUGGGCAUUUAUGUAACGGAUCGAAAAAAUUAGUAAGCAGCUUCUGGUUGGCACUUCCGACAUUCAUUGUAUUCUUGUAUAAGAAGUUCAUGUAAAGAUAAUAUUUAAAGCUUAAUAUUUUAAUGAAAUUUUGUAUUCAAAAAAAUAGUUUUAAGCACUCCUUUUUACGCACAUCACACACUUUUUAAUACUGGACGGACAAAAGUUAUGAAACAGUUAAUUUGUAAUAAAGUUAAAAAAUUUUAAACCUAA